CUGUGAGAGUGUGUGUGUGCGCGUGCGGGAUGUGGGGUAGAGAGGUGUGUGUGGUUAUUGCACGCCCGUUUUGAUUUCGGAAUUCUAUCGAUAUUAAUCACUGAGUGCUUGGUAUUCAAGAUCUUUUAGGUUUGUAUAAUUUCCUAGUGAAUCAGCCCUACGAAUGUGCAUGUUAGUGGUGGUAUGACUCCGGGCAGAGGAGCAUUUGUCCAAGAUGGAUGAGCAUAUUCCCAAAAAUGCACUUCAUAUUCAAAUCAAUAAAUUUAGAACCCCAGCUUCAGUUUGGGCGACUGAAAUUGCCGGAGAGGGUAUGUCUGAAGAGCGCCUCCAGUUAUACCUUUUGGAAUCUGAACUAGGCAAAACCUUUAAAAGGAAUAGGAAGAAGGAACCCUCUCUUGUUAGAGAGGCUGAUGAUAUUGUGGCUGUUCAAAGUUUGAAUAAUAGCAAUCUAUGGCAUCGAGGGAAAAUAGAGUGUAGAAUGGAAUUGCAGACAGGGCCUAAAUAUAAAGUUUUCCUAUUAGAUCAUGGUCUGACUUUCUUGUUGAGACCUGAAAAGUUGUACAGUAUCCCCUAUAAACUUCCAGAUGUGCCGUACCAAGCAUUAGUUCUUAUGCUGGAAGGUAUUGUCCCAACAAGUUUAACUCUUUCCCCUGAUCUUCAAAAUUUCCAUCCUGAAAUAUCUGAAGGGUGGACACCUGCUGCAGAGCACUUUGUAAAUGAUGUCAGGAACAGUUACUUAGAAGCUUAUUUUGUGGAGAAGAGUCGCUCUCCCCGUGGAAAUGCUCGAUAUGGUGACAUUCUGAUUAAAAUGCCAGACAAUGAAAAACUUUUUAGUCUUUCAACCCUAUUGUGUGAGAAAAAGUUCGCUAAGUACAACCAGGUGGAGUUUGAGAGACGACAACAAGUUGAAAUGGAUGCUUCUGAAACCAGUGAAUGCGAAUCUCCUCUCUCUUUUGGUUAUUCUACUGACACAUCCACCAGUUUCUCUCCAUCUCCAGCAAGGUCCAUGAUGUCAAGCCAGAGACCCAGCAUGAUGGAAUACUUGCAAAGUGUUGCUAGUUCACAGUCAACAGUCGCUAGUUCACAGUCAGCACAGGAAGCACCUGUCAUUCCCGAGCCAUUACCUCAAUCCAGCAGCGAUGGUGAACAUAUUGUAAGGACAUCUCCCCAAACCAAGGGCCGCCUUUCAUUUCUUGAACAGCUUAAGAAGAGUAAAAGUGCAAGCAAUGAGACAAGGACAAAUGAGGUAGUCUUGACUCAAACAUGUUCCUCAUCUUCAACUCCCACCAAGGUCAAUUCUAGUGUUGAAGAGCAAGUCUCAGCACCUUUGCACUCUCAAAGUGCUCCUGAAGAGUUGUCGGCUCCGAAGUCCCUGGGUGCCUGUUUCGUUCCCGCUGGGUAUUCAGCCAAGAAAGAACCGAAACAUAAUGUUCAAAGCCAGCCACACAGCUCUCGCUCUCCUUUGAAAUCAUCUGAUUCCGAAGAUUCGUUUUCUAGCAGCUCCAAACAAUCUAUGAAGAGUUGUCAAAAUGGACCUUCAACUCCAAAUGGAAGAGAUCUCAUGUUCAAGACAAAAUUGAUGUACAGCUCUGAUUCAAGUACAUCUGACAGCAGCUUGCAAAGAAGAGGCCCUGCUCAGAAGGGACCAGCCAACUGCUCUUUAAGCUCUAGUUUCCAAACGGCUCGUGACUCAAGUGAUGGUGCGACUUGUCAUUCAAGCAACUCUUCAUUGCAAAGCUCACCUGGAAGUAUGUCACUUCUUUCAAAACUUGCUCAGAAAAGACCAGUCCCACCAGCCAACUGUCCUUUAAACUCAAGUUCCCAAACGGCACAAGACUCAAAUGACAGUGCUUCUUGUCAUUCGAACGACUCUUCAUUGCAAAGCUCAUCUGGACUUAUGUCACUGCUUUCAAAACUUCGGAAACAACAGACGCCGCCCUCUUCAAGGACUGAUGAAUCUACUAGCUCUGAGAGUACAGCGGGGAUCACUGAACUUAUCCCUGCAAGGCAGCCUGAUCAGGAUAAGCAGAUACCACUAGAUUCAUCAAGUUUAAUGAGGAAUCGAUUGCUAAGUGGUCCGAAGAUUCCUGUAACUGAUCAUGUUCUACCAAACGAGACUUUCCUUUCUCGAUCUGUGCUGCUGCAUGGAGGAUUACGUCCUGUGCCAUGGGUUAAUUUUAAUGAUGUAAAGCUGAAAUUCUCAUCUACAAUUGAAAAGUAUCUUCAGGAGAGACGCUGGUGCUACAACAUUUUGACACUUGAAAAGUACAUGUGGCCUGCCAUACAACUACGGCAAAAUGUUGUAAUGAUUUCACCAAAAAGAUCUGGGAAAACAAGCAGUUACAUUAUUCCUAUAAUGGAUUUCAUGUGCAGUCAAGAGGAAACCCUAAAGGGUUGUGGCCCGCUAGCACUCAUUCUUUGUUCUGGAAGUAAAAGUGCCACCAAUAUUUAUGAAGAGUGCAUAAAAAUCGUUAGAAACAUGAAGAAUCCCCCUCAAGUGCAAGUAGUGUAUGGACUUACUGUUGCUAAUCCAUUGAUUUUCAAAUUAAUUAAUGGAUGUGAAAUUUUUAUCACAACACCACCCUGCCUGCUUAGAAUAAUGAAUAAACAUGGGUAUGCCCUGACCUUUCGUCGUUUGCAACAUCUCAUUCUAGAUGAAGCAGACAUCAUGAUGACAAGAUUCUUAAAAGAGAUAAAGGAAAUUCAAGCAAAGGUGGUUGCUGAGCAAACUAUCAGACCAAAAGAUGAACCCAUUCAAAUUGUAGUCUCAAGUGAAAAGUGGGAGCCUCACCUCCUGUCAUUCUCUGAGCAUUUGCGUGGGAACCCACUUUUAUGCAUCAAUGAUUGCUUUGAAGCUUGUGUUUAUGGUAAACCUGAUGUUAUUUUUCAUCUGACUCAGUCAGGCAAGAAACUCUCUAAACUCAUCGAGAUUUUGAAAAGUCAAAUCGGUCUUCAAAAAACAGUUGUAUUUUGCGAUGCAACUGAAGUAUCAAGGGUUGAAGAAUUCAUUGAAAAUGCAUGUCUUAACUAUUUGGUAGUAAGACCCGGCAUAGAAUUGCGCCAUAUUGAAACAAUUCUUUCCAGUUGGAAUUCAAGUAAAGCUGGGCAUCAUUAUAUUUUGUUAUGCCCUGACAGUGAGUUUUACGACUUAAAGAUAACAGAUGCCACAAGCAUUGUCCACUACAGUUUUCCCAUUGAUGAUAAAUCAUAUUUUGUGAAACGUCUAUCUGCUAUACUUGGCAAUUUACCAAACAAAAUGGAAGUAAAAACACUGAAGACAACUAAUCUUUCCCCUUCCAUACAUCUUUUGAUGGAUGAAUCAAACACUGAACAGUUACCAGUUAUUGUUCAACUAAUGCAGCGAAUAGCUGGCAAACUAGAUCAAAAGUAUUUGGACUUGGCAAAGAGUAUAUCUAUGAACAAAGAAAGAAGGACCAAAAUAAACAAGCUUUUCUGCAAAAACAUAAAAAUGUUUGGUCAAUGCAUCAAUACUGUUGAUUGCUCCAACAGGCAUGUUUUUGUUAAUGAAUUAGAUUUGUCUGAAAUUCUGCCGAGCUCGGGUCAUGUCUCCAUGCAAGUAACACAAGUGCAUUCUGCUGGUCAUUACUCAGUGAGAUUAGUAGAACACAUUGAUGUUGACGGAAAAAAGAAGAAAUGGCCUUCUGGAUAUGUUAAGAUUGGUCUGUUGAUGUCUUCCCAUUUCAGAAAGGAGAGCAGCAGGAUCUGUGUCGGCGAAAUAAAUGUGGGAGAUCUAUUCGCUGUUGAAACGGAAAUAGGCUUAUUUCAACGUGUGCAAAUUUUGGAGGUCAAAGAUCGAGACAAGUAUGGUAAACCUCUGUCUAUGCUUGUCCAGUUUCUUGAUGAAGGACAUCAUGACACAGUAAAGGAAUAUAUGCUACAUGAAUUACCAGAGGACCUGAAAGCUUUCCCGGCACAGGUAGUUGACGUGUUCUUGUGCGGCCUGCAACCUGCUGAUCAGGACAGUGACUUUGGUGCCGAUGCUAAUUGGACGGUGAAAAAGUGGUUGAAGUCUACCAAUGAAUCUGAAGACAGCAGGCAAACACUCCUGCAGGGACAAAUUAUGCUGAGUAUGGCUGGUUCCUUAUGGAUUGAUCCUGUUUAUAUUCUGGAAUGGCUUCCACUCACUCGUGAACACAUUACUCGGAGAAAUAUCAAUCAAAGUCUCUUGCGAGAUCAUCUGGCCUUACCAAACCCUGAACAUCUACCAAAUCUUUUUAAACUAUGUGGAAAAGAGCCAUUGGUCCUUUCGUCUGUAAAUGCUGCUGUACAGUGUCCCAUCAAACCAAGGGAGCAAGCUAAACCAUCCUGGGCUUUCCUUGAGGCAGAGAUUUUUGAAGAAAUCAACUUCAUUAGCGCUGAAAGUGUGUCUGUUUUCUUUGUCAGAAAAGUUAAAUUCGAACCAUUACUUCAUGAGCUCAUCAAAGAUAUAAAUACAAAAGGCAUCCCAAGGAAAUCUGAAGAAGUAUCAUUGCUAUCACCUGGAAGCAUUUGUCUGGCAAGCCACAAAGAUGAGUGGCACAGGGUGAUAAUAAGAUCUCAAAAUGAGGAUCAUUCUUUUACUGUGUUCUAUGUUGAUUAUGGUGAUUUUGGAAAUGUGACCCACGAACAAAUAAAGUGCAUUCCUGACUGGGCAAUUACAAGAUUACCAUUCCAGGCCAUUGAGUGCAGUCUUGCUGGGAUAGCCUCUUGUGAUACUGUGGACAAAUUGUAUGAUGUAGCAGAUUGUCGCAGCCUUUUAGCCAAGAUUUGCAAAAAGAAAGAUGCGACACUUACAAGUGGCAAUCACUAUGUCAUUGUUAUAAUUGAUUGCUCGAAGCAAGUUCCCUCAAUUUUGAACAAAGAUUUGCUGGAAUUGGAAGGUGUUGGACAAUGUGCGGAAGAAAUGGAACUUUUAGACUUUGAACUUGAUGAAAGUUUGUUGAACAAAUGCUCUAAUAUGGUAAGAGCGGAGCCUGAGAUGCCAGUGUCCCAACACAAUACUGAUUAUGAGGACCCAGAUUUGGACCUGUCUGACCUCGAAUUUAAGGAAGAGGACCUAAGUGGUUUUGUGGACAAUGACACUGAUGAUGGUUUGGGUAAUUUUGAGAUUUUUGGCUUAGAUCUGUUAGCAGAGUCUUUUAAGAAGGAGAAUAAAGAAGCGGUAGAAGAACUAGCUAAACAAUUACAGGCUUCAGCUUUGGCUCCUCAACACCAACAGCCCCCACUCAAGAAGGCCGCAAGCAGAGAACCUACACAUCAAGCUGAAAAAGCACAUGUUGUGCAAGCGGAUGGGGAUGGGGACUCUGAUUGGGAGGUGCAAGAAUACGAGUAUAUUGGACGUAGUGUAUUGCCAGUACUGUGCAGUGCUCGUCCCCCAACAACAAAGUGGCUAGAAGACCUCUAUUUUGUUUGGAUCAAAAUCUGUGUUACUGGUGUGGAAAAUUAUUUCUUAAAAUGGACAUGUGAUAGAUUUCAGUUCAGCACAUCUGUAAAUGGUCGACUCUAUCAUAUUGAUCAGCAACUGCGUGGAGCUAUUGUACCAAGCUCUGUAUCAUCAGUAGUCAAGGGUUUUAGUGUAGAGAUAAAGAUGAGGAAAGCAUAUAGUGGUUUGCUUUGGGAGCGGCUGCUCUUUCCACUUCGAAAGUUCGCUUGGUUAACACCCGACCUUGAAGCAAUAGACCUAGAUAGCAGUGAUUCAGAGGGUGAAGAUACUCUAAAAACCCUUAAUAAAGAAAUAAGGAAGAUUCCUUUGAAAUUGAGACGGCGCCCUUUGGAUAAGUAUGAGAAAAGUCAACAAGUGAGGCCUGACCUGGAGUCAGAUUCGCCUGACAGUAAUUGUGAAUAUGAAAUGGUUGAUUCUGAUGAAAUGUUUUAAAGUGUUUUUGCUUUUAUUGAUCAAUUUAAAAUAAUUUUUAUUUAAAAUAAUGAGAACAUAAUUAAUUUCUGAAAUGACACAUUGGAUAGGUUUUGAGCUGUAUUACAAUGAAUUUUUAACCACAUUACUGGCUGCUGUCAUAAUUUUGUGUUCAUUUUGUAUUUCUUUUAAAUUAAAAGUGUUUUUCUACCUUUUUAA